AUGUUCAACCUCCUUGCCAACUCGGUCACCGCUCUCUCAUUUGGCCUGCAACCCGCUCUCGAACGCGCGCUUCGAUUCAUGCAACCAGCGUGGAAUCAUACCGUACAGUUCGAGGCCUUUGUCGCAUCGUCUACCUUCCGCGUGGGUCAGCUGCCAGGUGUCCCCAGCAACUCCAUCGCAUUCUUCGCCUACCCAGAGCUCCACAUCGACCCAACCGAUACAUUCCUAAUAGCCACGGGGCCACAUGGAUGGUUCAAUCUGUACUGUAGCAUCGAUAUAAUCGCGGAGAACCCCGCGCUCAUCAUCCCCUCCCGUUUAUUCGUCCCGCACGAGGGGUCUCGCAGAAUGGAGGCUUUUCUACAACGUACCGACAUGCUCCCUAUAUUCUUCUCCCGAACGGGUGGGGGUGUAGGGGUGCGCAUCGACUCCAACGUCGACUUCGAUAUGCUUCUCGACGUCCCCACUCGCAUUACGGCACACUCCCUAAAGGUCAUCCUUCAUCUGCUCAAUUACACGCCGAACGAGAAGCAGAUUCAAUUGCGCACCGCCGCGGGAAGCCCGAACGUCUCUUCCCGCCGCCUCGCGCGUCUCGUUGCCGCCAAGGUCUCCCACUUCGUGAGGGAAGCUGAGAGAGAGAACCCUACUAUCACGCAAUGGGCGGACCCGCGUUGGAGGAUGGGUUCUGGACCUGGCUACAUCGGCAGCGGGGAUAUUGUACUCCUUGGGAUUGUAUUCGUGUCCCAAGGAAAGAUCACGCCGCUACUUCGGGUGCGAGGCGACUUUGUCUUCCUAUUCUAG